CGUCAGGACAAAACCGAAGAAAUUCCGGCGGACGGCGAUAUGUCGAAACUUGAAUUCUCAAUCGUCUUUUUAUUCAUCUCGGUGAUCAUAUGGGCGAUUCUCUUCUUCGCCUUAUUUUGCGCUUUUAUCGCCUUCCACCGGUGGAUGUCCGGCUGGGUGGCGGGGCCGGCGUACAGGGGAUUGAGCAGAGGCGUCCUGGACUCGCUGCCGGUGGUCAGUUUCGCGGCGGAGCAUGCCCGGAAGUUCUCGGAAUGCCCGAUCUGUCUCACGGAAUAUUCCGCCGGAGAAAAACUCCGGGUGCUGCCGGUGUGCUGCCAUGGCUUCCACGCGCGCUGUGUCGACGUGUGGCUGGUUUCGCGCGCUUCUUGCCCGUCUUGCCGGCGGCUCGUCGUCGCUCCGGCGGAGGGACAAGCACUUCACAAAGAACUUCCAGUAUAGCUUGUUAUUGUACACUCAUUUUCUUUUUUGUGUUUCUUUUUAGAAAUACAAUCGAACGAAGAGAAGAAAAAAUCAAUUAAUUAACCAAUU